GUUGGCCCAGUGUGAGAUUUCCCAGCGCGCCAAGCUGUGUGGUGUUUACCAAGUGUCAUAACUCAGGGCGUAAUUGUCGUCCACCCAGUGUUUGUCAGUAUGAGGAAGAGAAAAGUCAAAUGAGGCACCCCGUCGCAAAUUGCUAUCAAUACCAGUUCCCGGUGAAACCUAGUGAUAAUUUUUAAGUGCAGCUAAGAAGAAAACAACCUAAAAGUGAAACAAAGUGCAAUACUCGAGAUAGCCGCGAAGUCGUUCCCAAUAAGGAGCAAUACAGCUGUCGAUACGAUUUAUUGCGCCUCCAUUAGGAGCGCCGAAACAGCCCCGCCACAAUGAAGUGGCACAAGAAGCCAAAACCAUCGAUAUCGAGCGUCACUUCCAUGUCCUUUCUGUCGGAUGAAAAUCUCACAUUCCACCGUUUCUCCGAUGGCACCAUUUCGUUCACGUCGGAACGGAAGAAAUCGGAAGGAGUCCUGGCCAGCAACGGGUACGGCAAACCGGGUCAAGCGCUGACCAUCGACCGGAUCACCCACCUGCGGAAGCAGUCGUACACGCCGACGGCUACGACCCCGAUCUGGACCACCCAUACGGCCUUCAACAACUACACCAGUAAUACCAUUGCCAAUAGUAACCAUAGUGGGAACAGUUCGACCGAUAACAACGCCAGUACGACUACGGCCGGCAUCCCCACGGCCAAUGAUCUGCGGUACCUGUCGUCGCCGACCAACGCCAACAAUGCCAGUGUUAUGCACAACGGAUCCACCGUGAAGCUCCUGUCGACCAAAGUCACCUCGCAGAACAACGUUGCUGCCGAUAGCGAUGAUCAGUCAAACAAACAGUCAAGAUCAUCUAUAUUUCGCGGCGUGAUACUGUGCCUGUGUCUGAACCUGACCUACGCCAAUGUGGCCCGAUUCCCACGUGAACUCCAACAGCAUGGGUCCGCUUUUCUCGUGCCGUACGUCAUACUCCUGCUCCUGGUCGGAUUACCGGUGGUGUUGCUUGAAAUUUCGCUGGGGCAGUUCCUCGGCCAGGGUUCGGCGCACAUGUGGCGCGCCGCUCCCUUCCUCAAGGGUGCCAGCUUGGUCGGACGAAUCGCCUCCUGGCUGGCGGCGAUCUGGACCUCGAUGCAUUCGGUGAUUGCGCUACUGUACGUCGGAAUGUUGUCAUUCAAAUCUGUGCCAUUUAGAGAGUGUAAUAAGGCCGUAACGAUCAACCAGCAGUCCAUUCACGACGGCUACGAUGUGGAACCCAAUAGCGGACAGGAAUGUUUGAAAUUAACGUUUCUACGUCCAGUGUGGCGAAGUUCCCUCUAUUUCGGGCUGCUUGCGUUGAGUCUGAUUCUGUUGUGGGUCAUUUCCAUGGUAUGCACGCACAGUGGAAAGAUUAACAGACGGUCGAUAUAUCUCUUUGGUUUUUUGGCGUUGGUGUUGUUAGUUUUUGAAACCGGCUGGGAAGUAACGAAAGCCAUCCAUGAUGAGUAUGUUCCAGGAUUGUGGCCAUUUUAUCCGGAGUCGUUUGCCGACAGCACGCUGUGGUUCAGUGCACUGGUGCAAGUCAUCUAUUCGCUCAAUAUUGGUAUCGGUGCAGUACCAGUCAUAACCGGGAAGUUCCUAUACAAAGGAGAUGCCAUCAAAACAUCAUUCGUCUACAUUUUCUUCAACAUCCUAAUAACAUCGAUUGCGGUUAUAUUCUACGUAUUUCAAUUUCACAACACUGCAAACGACCCACACUUGCUGUAUCCUGAACUGACCCCACUUACAUCUAUUUACGAUCGUGCCGUAACGGUUCACGAGUUGGAUCGCCUAAUACAGCAGUUGAUCCCAGCACUGGGCUAUGCCUUGCUUUUCAUAUCCUCGAUUGUGUCCGUGACGAUCUACGUCUACACUUCCACCAGGAUGAUUCGGAAACAUCCGAACUAUACCGUGUGUUUGGCUGGCCUAGUUGUCGCAAUAGCUGGACUAUUGUGCCCGAACUACAUCUUCCCAAGGAUCCUGGACACACGAAUAGUUGGAUCGUUGAUAGUUUGUGCUAUGAUUUUCGAAAUAAUCCUAAUCAUCUGGGUAUAUGGAUCAAAGAAUUUGUACACAGAUCUGGAAUUUUCACUCGGCCGACCUGUGCUCAAAGCAUGGCUAUUCAUUUGGGGCAUCAUUCCGGUGCUAUUGAUUGCGAUCCUCUCGUGGUGGACGAUCACGUAUUUCGACAACGAUCUACUCAUCGACUACUUUCCCAAGUGGCUGCCAGUGGUGUUCAGUUUGGGAGUUAUCAUGCUACUGGCGUGUGUCGAAAUCAGCAAGCAAGUUGACUACAACAUAUUCAGCAUGAUCCAUGGAGCAACGAAGCCAUCCAAAGAUUGGGGACCAGCUGAUCCUUUGGUUCGGCACGCUUGGAAGCAAUGGAAAUCCGUCUGCGAAGACACCGGCGAACGAGACUUCACUCUAAGACGGCGUGGCACCAAAGACUACACAAACUCUAUCAAGAAGGGCCAGUACUCCCACUCCAACAAAUACGGAUCUUCAAAUAAAAACCUGUCGACUGCGGGGAGCAAUUCUCCCAACUAUAGCGGGUCUGUUUUUGGGGACUCGGCCAUCGAAGAGGACAUUAGUGUGGAUAAGUUCCCCUACAAACAAAAGAACUCAGCGUACAGCGUCGAUUCCAACAAUGACAAAUCCCCUCACAUUUCCGCAAGCUCGCGAAAAUCUUCCAACAACGAUAAACGAACACCAAGUGAACGAAGCCAGGCAGGACUGAUAACCUCCAGCAAAAACUCCGAAAACGGUUUUACGUCUCGAAUAGAAAUAAUGAACGACGAUCAUGCGUAUCGGGGAGCUAUGGUACGAAAUCCACUGGCCAAAGCGGAUAAAACUCAACACUUUAAAACGAGUCAUCAUCAUCUCGCACCACCCUUGCCGGUGCAUCAUCCUUCCCCGCAGACGAUGAGUCAACAACCUGUGAAAGUGCAAAACCAGCAGAAUGGUCUCUUGCAGAACCCCUACCCGGAGGAGGGUUACAAUCGUGAUAUCUUCAUCAGCAACGGCCAACCAGAUCACAUCUGUUGGCGCAAGUUUUCUAUCAAUUCCGAAGAAUAUUCAACCGAGCUUUAAAAGCGACGAAAGUAGUAUUUAGCUAGGCAUGUUCGGGUCUUUGUUUGCAUGAAAAGUAAUUUGUUAAUGUUUGUACAUAUUAGUUCCAAUAGCGACGAGCUUAACGCGUAGGUACUUAUUAGCCCUACUACGUCUCUUUGCAGUAAAGCAACAAAUUCUAGUGAAUAUAUGUAUCAUAUGACCGUGGUUGAUGCGGGACAGGCCAAACUUAUUUAUUAAAUUUAUCAAGUGAAAA